AUGCCAUACCUUCAAAACGGGUCCGGCUCGCCCGUGGACCCCGAGAAAGUCCCCGAUGCUUUUGAGAAGCUUGUGCAAGACCUCAGUGCGGCCUUGGGCCCGAGCUCGGGCCUCGACUCGGAGGAUGUCGACCCGGUGAAAAUCCAGAGGUUCAUGGAGGACUAUGUUUCGAAGUCGGGGGAAUGGGGACCAUAUGCCUUCGGAGACCUCAGCAGGACAUACACUAGGAACUUGAUUGAUGAGGGAAACGGCAAAAGUAAUCUGCUGAUUCUCGUCUGGAGUCCAGGCAAGGGGAGUGCCAUCCACGAUCACGCCAAUGCACACUGCGUCAUGAAGAUCCUUAAAGGCAAACUCCAAGAAACUCUCUACUCAUGGCCCGACGAAGAGAAGAUCGAGCACGGGCAAACCUCCCCGCCAGAAAUCACCAAGCAAACUGUGUAUGGUGAGAACCAGGUCACCUACAUGUCUGACAAGCUCGGUCUGCACCGUAUAUCCAAUCCAGACCCAAACAACGUUGCUAUUUCAUUGCACCUGUACACACCACCCAAUGCUGCCAACUAUGGCUUCUGUCUCUAUGACGAAAAGACUGGCAAGGCAAAGCACAUCAAACAGACCAACUUCUACUCUUUCCGGGGUCAGCGCGUCGACGACGGAGGACAAUAA